AUGGAGAACCAGCCGUCCAGGGAGAAUCAGCCGGCCAAGGCGCCGACCACACCAUACUAUGAUAUCGUAAUCGUGGGAGCUGGCCCUGUUGGGCUCAUGCUAUCAACCUGUCUGGCAAGAUGGGGCUACAGGAUCAAGCACAUCGACAACCGCGCCGAACCCACGCCCACUGGCCGCGCGGACGGCAUCCAGCCCCGGUCUCUGGAUCUGCUGCGCAACAUGGGCUUGAAAACAGCCAUCAUGGCACAUAAGCCGGCCAGAGUGUACGAGGUGGCGUUUUGGGACCCGCCAAGGAGCGGCAAGGGCAUCGCGAGAACAGGCACGUGGGCGAGCUGUCCGAGUUUCAUCGAUGCGCGGUAUCCUUUCACCACCCUCCUGCACCAGGGCCACAUCGAACGCGUCUUCAUCUCGGAUCUGGAGAAGCACGGCGUGCAGAUCCAGCGGCCGUGGACCAUCACUGGUUUCAAGUCGGACGACAAGGCCAACCCGGAAUACCCUGUCGAGGUGAACCUGGAGCACACAGACGGCACCAUGCGAGAGACUGUAUACGCCAAGUAUCUGUUUAGCGGUGAAGGUGCUAGGUCGUUUGUGCGAGAGCAACUGAAGAUCGGAGUCACGCACAAGGAUCCCAUCGCGCAUGUAUGGGGUGUGAUGGACGCCGUGGUAAAGACGGACUUCCCAGAUAUCAAGAUGAAAUGCACAAUACAUUCCGAGCAUGGAUCUAUCAUGGUCAUUCCUCGCGAGGACAACAUGGUCCGGUUAUACAUCCAGAUCGCCUCUUCCACAGAUGAUGAUUGGAAUCCGCGCAAGACAGCUACCGAGGAAGAGGUCCAGGCGUCUGCCAAGAGGAUCCUGAGUCCGUACUCAAUCGAAUGGGAGCGGGUGGAAUGGUACUCGGUAUAUCCCAUUGGUCAAGGGAUUUCGGAGAAGUACACUCUUGACCAUCGAGUCUUCUUGGGCGGUGAUGCGUGCCAUACUCACAGCCCCAAAGCUGGUCAAGGUAUGAAUACAGCUUUUCUGGAUGCCUCGAACUUGGCCUGGAAAAUCCAUGCGGUUGAGGCUGGACUCGCAGACCGAGCUCUACUUACAACCUACGAGCCGGAGCGCAAGGAGGUUGCCGAGAACCUUCUAGCAUUUGACAACAAGUACGCGAAAUUGUUCUCUCAACGCCCCCCAGCUGCAAACGAAGUCCAAGCUGCGUCGGAACAAACAGGCAGCCAGGAAGAGGAUAACGACUUUGUAAAGACCUUCAAGGAGUCCUGCGAGUUCACAAGUGGCUAUGGCGUGGCUUACAAGCCCAACGCCUUGAACUGGUCACUUGAUCACACCGCGAAAUCGCCCCUGGUUCACCCUAAGGGUACUCGGCUACGAACAGGGCGAGGUAUGAUCAACGCAAACGUGACGCGGGUGGUGGACGCCAACGUCGUCCAUCUCGAGCAGGAGAUACCCCUGAACGGUUCAUUCCGCAUCUACGUCUUCGCCGGAAAGCCCUCGACCACGGCCAAGGCGCUCGAGGACUUCGCCGUCCACCUGAACAACAAGCGGUCGUUCUUCGGGUCCUACCUCCGCUCGGACAUCGACUCCGUCUCCCACCACGAGUCGCACAACCCGCACAGCCUGUUCUUCACCUUCUGCACCGUCUUCGCCGCCGCCCGCAAGGAGAUCGAGAUCUCCCGCGACCUGCCGGGCCUGCUGGGUCGCUACCGGGAUCACGUAUACGCCGACGACAGGUGGGAUCGCCGUGUGCCGGACGCGAAGGCAGCGGCGCACGCGAAGAUGGGACUCGAUGAGGAGAAGGGUGGUGUUGUUGUCGUCAGGCCUGAUGGCUACGUGGGCGUUGUGGCGGCCCUGGUCGAGGGCAGCGGGACGGUCGACGCGCUGAACGAGUACUUUGGGGCUUUCUGCACGAAGAAGCUUGGUGAGACGGUGUCGCGGCUGUGA